AUGAGGGGUUUGAGGAAUGACAUAGAGGAAUCUGUGAGGCCAUUGGGAAUCAGAGUUUUCCAACAAUUGGUGGAAAAAGCUCGAGAAGUUGAAACCAUGAAGAAUCGCCAGAGGGGCAAGUCUGACAAUGGAGGUCCGAUCCGCUCUGGGCAGAGACCGACCGGAAGGUUUGAGGGACAGAGGCAAGCUGGUAGGUUUGACACGGGCAAGGCUCCGAUGAGGAAGCCUUACCAACGCCCUGCUGACAGGGUGCCUUUUACUAGAAGGGGUGUAACACCUGCUCCUAAGGAUGAUGUUGUCUGUUUCAAGUGCAACCAGAAAGGGCACUAUGCAAAUGAGUGCGGGAAGGAGAUUGUGUGUUGGAAGUGCCAGAAACCAGGGCAUGUUGAGAGAAACUGUCCUAAUACUGCUAAGGCCGAGCAAGUACUGAAUACCGCUAGGGGAAAGCGACCUUCUGCUCCAGGUCGUGUGUUUGCAAUGUCUGGGAAACAGGCUGUUGUGACUGAUGAUCUUAUCCAGGGUACGCGUGUUAUCGCUGGAACUUCUUUAAUGGUGUUAUUUGAUUCUGGUGCUACACACUCAUUCAUUGCUGAGGAGUGUGUGAAGAAGUUAGGAUUGCUAACUGCUGAUUUACAAUUCGAUUUGGUGGUGGCAACCGCUGCUGCCAAUCGAUUAGUUACGCGCACGACAUGCUUGCAGUGUCCGUUGAUUUACGAGGAUCGGAAGUUCCUUGCGAACCUCAUUUGCUUAGGGCUUAAAGAGCUCGAUGUGAUUCUGGGAAUGGAUUGGUUGGCGCAGUAUCGUGUUCUUUUGGACUGUGCUAACAAGGUCGUAGUCUUCCCGGAUUCAGGCGUUACGGAUUACUUGAAUUCGUACACCUUGGUGUGA